AUGGCUACAUGCACAGUUGUUUCGUCCGAAAGUACUGCUUCUUCAUUAGUUAAAUUGCUUUUUCCAUUUCGUAGUGAUAAACAGAAUGCAAAUUAUGUUUCACAAAUUAUUCUUGUCAUCGAUCGAUCUGGAUCAAUGGCUGGAGGUCCAUGGAAACAACUUCAAUCAGCAGUUAAAGCAAUUGAUGAAAUGAAUCAAACGCUUCAGAGAGAUGCGUAUACAGAACCUAUUGUUAUUACUUAUAAUGAUACAGUAUCUGUUACUAAUUUAGCUUCUGUUGCAAAAACAACUGCAUCAGGUUCAACAGAUUUUGUUAAAGCUUUUGCACAAGUACAAACAACUAUCAAAGAAUUAGGUUCCGAAAAACGUAUUGUAAUUAUAUUUAUGACUGAUGGAUGUGAUUCAUGUAAUCGUCCAAAUGCAUUAUUAGAUGCUCAAACAAAAUUAAGUUCAUUUAUAAGAAAAAAUUGUUCAAAUUGUGUUGUACAUGUUAUUGGUUAUUCAAAAGAUCAUGAUUUAAAUAUGAUGAAUACAUUAAAAACUUUAGGUACAACUGAUGGUAUAUAUCGAUAUGCUGAAGGUUCAGUUGGUUUAGAUGAAAAAUUUCGUGAAUUAUUUGAAUUUGCUGAUUUAACAGUUGAAUUUACAAUAAAAUUACCUAAUAUUAAAGAACCUAUUAAAAUUACAGGUGAAAUGGUUGAUAUAGAUCAUGUUGAAGCUGAAUGUUGGUUAUCAUUAGAUGAGAAUAUAAAAGAAUCUAUUGAAAUAAAUAUUGGUAAUAAUCAAUAUGAUGUUAUACCAAAAUUUACUGAGCCAGAUACAAUAUUUACUCUUAAAUCUUUAUCAAAACGUGCAAAUGAAAUUAAAACUCAACAAGAAUUAGAUCAACUUCAAAGUGAAUUACAAAAUGUAAAAAUGUUUGGAAAUAGUAUUGGUGGAACUAAAAUUGAACGACAAACAGCUAUGGACCUUCGUGCUGAACUUCAGACACGUUUAGAUGAUAUACAUACAAUUAUGGGUGAUAUUGCACGUGGAACAUUAAAUCAAACGGCUGCUUUAGCUAAAAUGAAUGAUUUAAGAUAUGCAGACAAAUUUUCUAAAUCAUCUCGUCAACGUCGAAUGAAUCAACGUGCAGUACGUAAUCAAUCAAAUCUUCAAUUAAUUGAUUCGAAAUUAAAUGAACUUAAAUUUAAUGAAGAAACAGCAUUUGAAAAUGUUGAUCUUGUUACAUUUACUUGUUGUUUAACAUUAAAUACUUGUCGAGAUAUGAUGAUGGAUAGUCAAGAUGAUAUUAUGGGUGUUGGUCUUGUUGUUGAACGACAAGAACAUGUUGUUGAUGCACCAACAUUAAUAUCAGUUAAAGAUGUAUCUGUAACAAUACUUUCACGUUCAGCAUGUGAUGAUGCAAUUAAAAUGAAAAUUAAUAUUGGAGAUGCAGCACGACUUCAUGGAGGUUUUAUUGCAUCUAAAACAAGUGCACCAACAACAAGUACAAAGAUUGUAUCGAAAGAAAAUUUGAGAACUCAAUCAGAAUUUACUCGUGGUGUUGCUGCUGAACCAAUCAAUACAUUUUUACCACUCUAUAUUUGUGAUGCACAUUUUGAACGUGUUAAAAUUAUGUUAGAACCUAUGCUUGGCUAUCUUUUUACACUUGAUAUAAGUGGUUAUAAAUCAGAUCAAUUAUUAGGUCUUUAUUCAAUUCUUGGUCAAAUGAUGAAUGCUAGUCCAAAAAAUGGAUCUGAACGUGAAGAAAUAAUUUUACAUGAAUUUACACGUUUAUGUCAUGGUCUUCUUCCACAAACAAUUCAAUAUCUUGGUGAAGAAAAUGAUUUAUUAAAAAAAUUCAUGGCAAAUCCAACUGGUCGUAGUAAAGCUCAUAUUCAAAAUUUAAUGACACUUUUUGGUUAUAUGUAUGCAUCAGGUAUUAAAACAAUUGAUGAAUCAUUUCGUUAUGCUAUUGUCGAAGAAUUAUAUCGACGACAUUUUUCAUAUAUAUAUCAUGGUACAUCAGAUAAUGUUAUUACUGAACAUAUACAAUCAUUACUUUAUGAUAUAGAAGAUAAUGAAAAUAUUCAAACAGAAUCAAAUACUAAUGACUUAUCUUAUGUUAAAACAAAAAAUGAUAAAUCAAUUGAUGGUCGUUUUGCAGUGUAUGCUCGAUCAGUAUUAAAAAAAAACGAAACAAAUCCAAAAAUUCCAACAGAAGAUAUUGUUAUUGAAUUUGAAAUACCUGAACGACCCAUUAGUUCAAUGAAUAAUAAAAUUCGAACAAAAAUGAUUGAAUUAUUAUCUGCUUUUUCAACAAAACCAAUUCAAAAUGUUCUUGAUCGAUUAGGUAUUCGUAUGUUAGAUAUAUCAAAUGAACAAGAAUGUCUUAUACUUCGAUCAAUGCUUGUACAAUGUCUUCGUUUUUAUUCUAAUGAAUCGAUUAAUUCAGCAAUUUUAAAUAAAACAUUUUUCAAUGCUCAAACUCAUUAUGAACAAAUUCUUAUUGUUGCACAUGAAGAAUUUGAUAGUAAUCGACAAAAAUUAACUACAAAUAAAACCGAACAAAUACGUGCAUUAGAAUUAGCACGACGAGUUGUAUUAACUAAUGAUAUUGGUGUAUUUCUUGGCAGAAUGAUGGUUUAUGCUCCAACACGUGGUGGAAAAAUAUUUGAUACAAUAAUUAGUUUAUUAGCUGAUCGUAGUCAAAAACAAGUUCCGUUAUUAGCAGAAAAAAUUAAUAUUAUUUUUACAGGUCGUUAUAAAGAACAUCGUGAUGCUGAAAAAGAAUUUGAUGUAUUAAGUAAUGGUCUUGCUUGGUUUGCUGAUCGAUCAAUUAUCAAUCGUGUAAAAGAAGCAUUAGGUGAAGAUCAAUGGGAUGAUUUAGAUCGAUUAAUGAGAGGUCGUACAUGUGGUCAUGUUUAUCGUUUAUCAGAUAUUCCUAAUCGUCAUGGUUUUCAUAAUUCACAUCCAAAUCCAAAUUUGGUUGUUCAAUGGAAUACAUAA